UUGUAGAUCAGAAAAGCUAGUAUCCAUAACCGCAAGAUAGUAAGACACAGGCCACAGAAUUAAGACGGAUUUGGCUGUUGGUAUCCAAGUAAUAGCCAUGCCUUUCAGACUUGUAACAGCAAUCUUAAGCUAUUUUCUAGUUCACACUGCAGCUGGUGCAGCUGCUUCUGACGAUUUUGGGUUCAUCUAUCAAGGAUUUCAGUCAUCAAAUCUGAGCCUGGACGGAGUAGCGAAAAUCACCAACAAUGGCCUCCUUCAGAUAAACAACAAAACCAAAUUACAAACGGCGCAUGCCUUCUAUCCUAAUCCCAUCAAUUUCAAGACCAAAUCUAAUAGUUCAGCCUUCUCCUUUUCAACCCAAUUUGUGUUUGCUAUGGUACCUGAUGGCUCAGGCUUUCCUAGUCCGGGAAUGGCUUUCGUGAUCGCACCAACAAAGGUCCUUGCACGAGGGCCUUCCACAGAGCUCCUCGGCCUCUUCGAUGCAAGCACCGAUGGAAGUCCAACAAAUCACGUUUUUGCAGUAGAGCUUGAUACUUUCCGAGAACAACAAUAUGCAGAUAUCAAUGCUAACCAUGUUGGUAUUGAUAUUAACUCUGUGAAGUCCAAUGUAUCCCGGCCUGCAAGUUACCAACCUUACAACAAGAAUUCAUUUGAGAACUUAGAUCUUGGCAGCGGUCAACAGAUGCAACUUUGGGUGGAAUACGAUCGGGUGGAUAGGAGAAUCAAUGUUACAUUAGCUCCAACAGUGGCUGCUAAACCACAUACGCCUCUUUUGUCUUUGUCAUAUGAUCUUUCACCAAUUUUACAGCAAACCAUGUAUGUUGGGUUUUCUGCAUCCACUAGUCCAGUCGACAAUGUGGGGUUAGCUAAUUUUGUACUGGGAUGGAGCUUCAAGAUCAAUGGGGAUGCGCAAGCGCUUGAUCUCUCUCAGCUUCCCAAGCUACCUCGGUUUGGACAUAAGAAAGUGUCUAAAAUUUUCACCGUGGGAUUGCCCCUCCUCUCCUUACUUUUUCUGUUGAUUGUAGCUUUUGGGGCAGCUUAUUAUUUAAAGAGGAAGUGGAAGUAUGCAGAAGUGCUGGAAGAAUGGGAGCUUGCCUAUGGACCUCACAGGUUCAAGUAUAAAGAUUUAUACAUUGCCACCAAGGGGUUUACAGAAAAAGAGCUGCUGGGGGAAGGCGGAUUUGGCAGGGUCUACAAAGGUGUUUUGCCAACAAACAAGGUCGAGGUUGCUGUCAAGAAGGUCUCCCAUCAAGCAAGACAGGGAAUCAGAGAAUUUAUUGCAGAAAUCGUCAGUAUUGGACGCUUGCGUCAUAGAAAUUUAGUACCACUCUUGGGCUAUUGUCGGCGUAAAGGAGAGUUACUUUUGGUAUAUGAGUUCAUGUCCAAGGGUAGUCUAGACAGGUUUCUGUUCAACCAACCAAAGCGUACCCUCAACUGGAGCGAAAGAUUUCGAGUCAUCAAAGGUGUGGCGUCAGGAUUACUCUAUCUACACGAAGAAUGGGAGCAAGUUGUGAUCCACCGAGAUAUAAAAGCCAGUAAUGUAUUGCUAGAUGGUGAACUGAAUGGAAGAUUAGGAGAUUUCGGCCUGGCAAGGCUAUACGAUCAUGGAACUCUGCCUCAAACCACCCAUGUAGCGGGAUCUCUUGGCUACCUUGCCCCUGAGUAUAGUAGGACAGGGAGGGCCACAAUGAGCACCGAUGCAUAUGCUUUUGGGGCCUUUUUGCUAGAGGUUGCCUGUGGAAGAAGGCCAAUAGAACAUCGAGCAGUACCAGAAGAGAAUAUCAUUCUAGUUGAUUUCGUAUUUUCGUGCUGGAAAGCAGGUAAUAUUCUCCAGGCGGUUGAUCAAAAGCUGGGUACUGAGUAUGUGGAAGAGGAAGCAGACUUGGUGUUGAAACUAGGCUUGUUAUGCUCUCAUUCAGAACCAGAGAUUAGGCCGAGAAUGAGGCAAGUUCUGUUGUACUUGGAAGGAUCAGUUGCCUUGCCAGAUCUAUCAGUACUGGCCAUGGGCGUUUCUGCUGUUGGUCUUGGCUUCGGCCAUCCUGCUGGCUUUGAAGAUAUUAAAUCGUCAUUUGCAACUUCCACAGACAAAUCUUUCUCAUAUACUGUAGAAAACUCAAUUCUCUCUGGUGGUCGGUAAUAAAGAUGCUUUUGUUGAGUGCAUUUUCUUACAUAUCUGUUCCCUUUUUACUAUCUUUCUACCCACCAGAACCCCUUGUACUCUUUAUUAGUGUGGCAUCUCAAAUAUGCAGUGUUUUAAUA